CUAAGAUUAAAUUACAGAGGAAAAAAUCAAAUUAUUUUAUUUCUUAUUUGACUGUCUGAACCAGGUCUCUGUUAUAAGAUAUUUAAGAACAGUUUAAUAUAUCUAAUCUGAGUGCUGUGCAGUAUAUGACACCUAUGAAACAAAAUAUGCAUGGAAAAUCAAAACUCUCAUAGGUAAAAUGUUAGAUAUUGUACAUCUGUAGAAUAGGAUAAUUACAGGUUUUAAAUAUUAAGUCAAGGGGGGGGAAGUGUCAGUGCAUCCAGAGUUUGUUCUCCUGUCACCUGGCAGGUCUGUGCUCUGUAAGGAGAUGAAGUUACCCAGCAGGGCAGCCAAGCCUCCCUCUCCAUCUGACUUUCUGGACAAACUGAUGGGACGCACAUCUGGUUACGACGCCCGCAUCAGACCAAACUUCAAAGGUCCUCCUGUCAACGUCACUUGUAACAUCUUCAUCAACAGCUUCGGAUCCAUCACUGAAACAACUAUGGACUAUCGCCUCAAUGUAUUUCUGAGACAACAGUGGAAUGACCCUCGGCUGGCCUAUAAGGAGUAUCCAGAUGACUCUCUGGACCUGGACCCCUCAAUGUUGGACUCCAUUUGGAAACCUGACUUGUUCUUCGCAAAUGAAAAGGGAGCAAACUUCCACGAGGUUACAACAGACAACAAACUGCUGAGGAUAUUCCAGAAUGGAAAUGUCCUCUACAGCAUCAGGCUGACGCUUACUCUCUCCUGUCCCAUGGAUCUGAAAAACUUUCCCAUGGACAGCCAGACGUGCAUCAUGCAGCUUGAAAGCUUUGGCUACACCAUGAAUGAUCUCAUUUUUGAAUGGCUGGAUGUGGGAGCGGUGCAGGUGGCUGAUGAUCUGACACUCCCUCAGUUCGUGCUGAAAGAGGAGAAAGGCCUCGGCUACUGCACCAAGCACUACAACACAGGUAAAUUCACUUGCAUUGAGGUCAAAUUCUACCUGGAGCGUCAAAUGGGAUACUACCUGAUCCAGAUGUACAUACCGAGCCUGCUCACUGUAAUCCUGUCCUGGGUGUCGUUCUGGAUCAACAUGGAUGCGGCUCCUGCCAGAGUGGGACUGGGCAUCACUACGGUGCUCACCAUGACGACGCAGAGUUCUGGCUCCAGGGCCUCUCUGCCAAAGGUGUCUUAUGUGAAAGCCAUAGACAUAUGGAUGGCAGUUUGUCUUCUCUUUGUGUUUGCUGCACUGCUGGAGUAUGCGGCCGUUAAUUUUGUCUCACGCCAGCACAAGGAGUUCUUCAGACUGAGGAAAAAGCUCAAAGAGCAACAGCGGCAGAGAGCUCAGGGAAGUGGUGACAGUAAGGUGAAAGGAAACAACAUGUCAGGCAACAGUGCUUCUCAUGGGAACCUAGCACAGCAGUGCAGUGCCUGUGCCAGGGUAUGUCCUGUUGCUUUGUUCAAGUUAAACACCAGCUGAUCACUGACAUCAGUUAAGCUGUGUGAUUCUCAAUGAGAGCAGAUGGUUAUUCUGUGCUGUGUCUUUUUCUUCCAGGAGGAGGAACUGGCACAGCAGGGCUUGCUCUUCCAGAGUUUUGGACUUGCUCUGUCAACAGGAAGUGCGGCGGAAAUGGAUGCAACGCCAGUCUUUGCCGAUUUACCUCCUGGUUUAGGUUUCUAUGACAUACGCAGGCGCUUUGUGGAUCGGGCUAAAAGAAUUGACACCAUCUCCCGAGCUGUUUUCCCCAUGAGUUUCCUCAUGUUUAACGUCCUGUACUGGCUUACCUACAAAGUUCUACGGCAUGAAGACCUUCUAGCCACACUGUGACAGCACAACAGCUGAGGACCAUAACAACACUGGAUACCUUUAAUUCGCUCUCUUCACUGAAACAUUUACAAGCUGAGAGUCCUCAGCUGAGCUGUGCGAGAUACGUUGUGACUGCAUGUUCAGGGUCAUUGGGAAAGUCAAUGACACGGAAGACUUGGUUUCUUUAAUUUUUCAAUACUUCCAAAGAAAUGCACUUUUUAUUGGCACUGAUGCUUUAUACAUUACACGUCAGUGUACAGUAUGUGUGUACAGUUGGCAUCUUAACUAUAUCAUCUCACUUUUUUAAAAACAUUCCUGUAUGUGCAUUUACUGUUGUUUAACAUGCAUUUGGACUGCAGCACAUCUUUGCUGGACCAACUUUAUUUUUAUAUGUACUAAUUUCACUGCUGCCAUGGUCAAGAGUGUGCCAAGCCAUAAAUUUCAUAUCACAGAGACUAAGUAUAUAGUAUAUCAGUACAAGUAGGAAUUACACUUGUGUCUCUCACCUCAACUUUGCUUUAGAGGCCCAGGGAAUACAGUAAUUAAACAUUUAGUUUCUUUGUAAGCUGUAGACUUGUAGGAUUGAAUGCUAUUUUUAUGACAUGAGUAUUUUAUCUAAAAUAAUCAGUUCAAUUGCAUUUGGAACCGCAAUGAAGACUGGGAUAAUCUGUUGUUGAAAUGUGUUUCAAAUUUAAAGUAAAGCAUUUAAUGCCCAGAGAAAUAAAGGAUACACUGUCAAAAGAUUUUUAGAUGUCACUGUAUACUGAUAUAAUGGCAUGGCACGAAGUUCAGUUCAAGUCUUAAAUUUGAAACUUGCAUAUUGGCAAGAAAUUUAUAUUCAAUUCUUCAACAAGAGUAACAGCAAGUUCAUAGAAUUUAAAUGAUGAAAUGUGGCAAUAUUAGAUAAUAAGUUCUGUGUGUGUAACAUUCCUAUUAGUUUCUAUUCACAAUAAAACCAGUAAAAAUAUCCAUGUUAAAUAUAUCAUUUUAACAAUCAGGUUUAAUUCAGUUUGUUUUGCCUGGUAGUGGGAAUGGCUUAUUGGACUGCAAAGAGCAGUUAUCAAAACAUAUUACUAGUGUCAAAUUCCUCUCAGUUCUGCACUACAGGUGUUGUACUAGCCCAAUUAAGUUACACACUGAGAAUAAAUUUUCUCUGUGUAUUUCAUUAUAAGAGACAUAUAUGUCUCUGAAACUCCUUGUUAUUUGACCUCAAUAUAAAAUAAAGAAAUGCUUUAAUUCGAAAUACUGAACGCAUCAGUGUAAUUUUUUUUUUCACUUAGCAAAUGCAACAGUGUGCCAGGAUCCAAACCCAAGGAUUUCACUUAAUUUGUACACUUACACUACACAAAAUUUCAAAUUAUGUCUAUCUGAGGCCAGCAGCAUCUAAUCAGCACUGAACUUGUUUUCAUUGUAUUGUCAUCCCUGUAUUUGUCGUCCCUCUAAUACGUCUCUCAGUUAAGGUUAUCCUGCUUUCAUGUGCUAAAUGUGCAAAAUGCCACUGCAAUAACUGCUGCUUGAGUUGUGCCCACGACUGAAGCUCAGCACCUCACACUACAUGGUUUUUUUUUUUUUUUUUAACAUAAUGCUGGAUUAGCAUUUCUGUGUGCAUAUGCCUAGAGACUCUCUUCAUCUCUGGAAAUCUAGUCUCAUUUUAAAAAUAAAUCUAAAUGAAACUGUCAUAUUUAAUUUAAUAGUAGCUGUCACAUGCAUAUAUAGUACGAGAAGCAGAGCUGCAUACAUCAUCACUAUGAGCCCAAGAUGGGUGCUUUUUUUAAAUAGCAGUAAGGUUUUUUUUUUAAGUUUUCUUUUCCUAUUUUUAUAGCUGUUGAAGUGAAUACAUAUAUCAUUAAAGAAAUUGUCCCACAUAAUAAAAUUCAUCUUGAAAAAUGCAAAAUACAUCUUGAUCUUAAUAAUUUGUUCUGACACAUUGAGCUUGUUUUCCUCAGUCACGUAAGAUGGACAGGCUAACCAGAGUUUAGCCCACACCAGACACAGGGACAGAAACUCAAGAACUUUAGACAGUUUGUUACACCUAUACAACUACUUUGUUGUGAGUGCAAAAUUAAUUUUUCAACUUGCACUGCAUCUCUGGUAUAUAUACAAAAGACUAUAUGUCUCCCACAAGAGGGAGCUGUUGAUUCUAUUAUGUCCUAUGUGAGCAAUGAUGCCACCUUUGACAACUGUAGCCCAUAUUACACAGGAUAUGAGACUUCAGUUUUCACUCAGCCCCUGGUAAGAGUCUUGUGUUGUUUGUUACAUGUGGAAUUACUAAAUUAAAUUUUCAUUUGUUUUUUUUUUUUAUUUAUCAUGUGUGAUAUUAACUGGCAAGUUGCCCUAUCCCAAGUGAUUAGUUACUUGCCCAAGAUUUAAAAGUCUAACAUAAUAAUAGCUCUUAUUUCCUUCAUUUUUGAGUGAAGAUUUAAAUUGCUACAUGAUCUGCAAAUGUCAUCUUAUACACAAAGUGAGUUAAUUCCUCUGAUACAACCUAAAACCUAGUGGUAUUACUCUGUUUAACUUGUCAAACACAAGCAAUAAAGCCAGAUCAACAUGGUAAAUGAUGGUGAUUUCACUCACUUAGUCGUGUCAAAGGACAGAAAAUGACUCUGCCCACUACUCCAUCCAAACACUUACUGAGGAUAAGUGCAAAAAUCUUUGAUAAAUGCACAUUAGAUUUAUUCAUCCUCUGUUUAUGUUUGGCAAGGAACACUUUCCAAGUGACACCCUCCAUGUUUUUUGGAAGCAGGCAGAGGGGAUCAGAUAGAAGUGGAGAGGAAUACUGGCUACAUUAAUAUGUGUGAGGUGGAAUUUGUGAUAAGAUAUAAACCUGAGCAAGCAAGAUACAUAGCAUAGAAAAUAUGUCACACAAGAAUAUUUGCAAGUUUAAGUAUGCAAAAAUGCGUCAUGCAUAUUGUACAUUACUUAUUCAUGUGCACAUCCGUACUAAUUAUAGUGAUCAUUUUUGCUAAUUUUGGCACCAAUACAAGAGAAGAGCAACAGGAACAUUGCUCUAUUUUUCAUGCGACAUGUGGUAAUAUACUUUCAAAUUAAUCUGAAGUACUGAAUUUGCAUUAGAUUGGUUUUCC